GGCACCUGGAACCACGUCAAUGCCCCCUGGCAGGUACCCAGGAGCUGGGGGGCCAUGCGCAUACACACAGAGGGUGAACAUCAAGUGAGGGGAACAGCUACUGGGGGGCUUGGCUGGGCCCCGUGGGGCUGGUAAGAUCACUGAGUCCUGGGUGAGGGCCUUUGAUGGAAUAGGACUGUAACAAUCCAGGAGAACCAUGUCAGAGCAACCUAAGUUCCCUGGUCCCCAAGUAGCCAUGCAGAAAUCCUUGGGAGAGAAGAACGUCAACCAAGCCAAUGAAGAGGCUGGGGGGACACGGGGACGAGGCCUAGGAAGAGCCCCACCAAGCCCUGCCAUCCCUCCUAAGAGAGCCAAAGUCACGGCUGAGCAAGAAGGCCCUGCAGCAGCCCCAGUCUUCCUACAGGAGCUGAAGGAUGAAGCGUUCAGCAUUGGCCACGACAUCCUGCUGAAGGUGGUUGUGAUCGGCAACCCCCAGCCAUGCUUGAGCUGGUACAAGGAGAAGGUACUGAUUGUCUCCACCAAGGAGAAAGAUAAGGAAGAAGAGGAGGAGGAGGAAUAUGGCUGCCUCCGGAUCUGCAACAGCAAAGCUGAUGAUGCUGGGAUCUACAGGUGUGUGGCUAAGAACCAACAUGGUGAAGCAGUGAGCAGUGCCACAGUGAGAAUCACAGACAUGGAAGACUCGGAGACGGGAGAAGAUGAUGCCAGCAGCACACAGGUGACCCAACGCAGCCAGCUCCAGGAUGAGACAACUUAUAGCUCCCCUACAGGGGAGUCAGACACGCUGGUGGAUGCCUCCAUGAAGACAACUCCGACCUCUGUGCCAGGCCUGUCCCAGACAGAUGAGCACUCCAAUUGGUCAGGGAGCCAAACCACGGUGUUGGAGAAGGAUCCAGAGGCUGGCCCCACGGUGAGGGGACCCUACCUGCACCCCAGCAUUCCAAGGCAAGCACCUGCCGAAGCCCGGCACCUGGGGGUGGAGCCGCUGGUACGGGCAUCACGGGCGGAGCUGAUUGGCGUGGCCCUGGGGUCCGAGGACAGCCUGUCUCUGGGGAGCAACCCCUACGGCAGCGCCUUCAGCCUGUACCGGGGCCGUGCCCUCUCCCUGCACGUCAGUCUCCCCCAUGGUGGGUACCGGAGGGAUGAAGGCAACAGUAGAAGCAAAACCAGCACAGAUACUCUCCACCCACCUGCACAGAAACCUCCCCUUCAGCGCCCAGUUUCCCCUCGAGCAGGGCAGUGCCCAGUCCAGCCACCUGGGACCAGCCGGGGCCCUGUGCCACCUGUGGCUCCCCGGAGAAAGCUACUGAUGCCUCCUGAACUUCCAGACACAGCAUCAGAGGAAUUUGAUGAAAAGCUGAAGCGCUCAAAGUCAUCGGUCUACUCUCAGGCUGGCACAGGAGAGUCACGUCCUCAGACACCACUAAGCGAAGCUUCCAGUCGUGUGUCUGUCCUCCGCCCAUCCCCCAAGCUGCCACGGUCAGGCUCCAAGAUCUUUGACAAGCUCAAGUUUUUUGAGGAGCGGCGGAAAAGUCUGGAGCAGAAUGAGAACCCUUUUGCAGGUCACACGUGGCUGCCCUUACGCAAGGCACGCUCCUUUGACCAGCCUGGCUUGGAUGACACCAGCCCCUUCCUCUCCGCUGUCUCCCAUGAGGACCUUCAGGCUGACAGUCGCUCGGAACUGGGUGGUGUGGCUUUUCGGCGCCAGGCCUUCCAUCAGAAGGCAGCUUCCUUGGAUGAACGUGGCCGCUUCUCCAACCGUGUGUAUGACCUGGAGCACAAAUUCACGGAGGAACUGGGCCGCAUUAAACGUACGGUGUCACAGCAGCAGCUGCGCCGAUCCCAGGAAUUGUUCAGGUCCCCAUCUCCUCGUGCUUCCACUGAGCCACCUGCCCCCAAGGUCCCACCACCACGGAAAAUCAAACCGCUGAAGGCUUUGCCUCGUGUGGAGAAUGCGCAUGGUGUGCAGCAGCUGGUGUUGUCCAGUGUGGGGCUAGUGGGGGCCAGAGAAGAGUCCAAGGGGAUACAGAAGCCUCUGUUGAGGAGUGGAGCCAUAUCAGAGCAGACAGCAGAACAGAGCAGAUGUCAGAAGGAAAGUGCGCUAAAUGGACAAGAUCUGAGGCGGAAAGUGGAACAGUUCCCACUAUCCCAUGCAGUCCCAUUGGGACAAAGGGACCUACUGCAGAUUGGACCUCCAGAUGGGAAUGAGUGUGUAGAUGGAGGCUCUGUGAACACAACAAAAGUGAUUCAUGAGGCGAAGGGUGCUUAUGAAGUCUUGCAUGCCCGGAAAUGGGAGUCUGGUCAAGAAGAUGGGCAUUCUGUGUCCUGGGCCAAAACAGAACCAGGCACAGAAAGAGGCAAGGCAGGCAGAGAGUCUGAGAGAAAGACUGGGAAAGUGAUAGAGAAAAAAGACAACCCCCUGCAGUCUCAGGAAGGCAAGAGCACACGGAACAGAGGCAAAGGUCGACGGACCCGACGGACUUCGCCUGAACCAGAAUCUUCUGAUGAUUCCUACAUCUCAGCAGGCGAGGAUCCACUGGAGGCACCCAUCUUUGAGAUUGGUAUCCAGGAUGUAACAGUCAUAGCUGGAACUGAGGUGCUCUUCAAAUGCAUCAUCACAGGCAAUCCUUCCCCAGAAGUGUCAUGGCGAAAAGAUGGUGUCCCCUUUCGGAGCAGUACCAAGCGACCCAUCAAAGCGGAGGGAGAACGCCACACCCUGCUGGUCAGGAACGUCUGUGUGGCUGAUGCUGGCCUCUACACCGUCUGUGCCACCAAUGAGGUGGGCGAGGCCUGCUGCAGUGCCAUCUUGACAGUGCGUCCUGCUCCCCCAGAGAGCCACAGCCGAUUAGUGCCCCGCCAUGAGCUCAGCAGUCCUGUCACAUCUGAUGAAGAGUACUUGAGCCCCUUGGAGGAGUUCCCAGAGUGCAGCACCCCUCGGCAUGAACCUGUCAUGAAAGUGCAGCCCCGGUCUGAAAUCACCCCAACGUCUACACAUGUGGGCAUCAAUUUCAAAGCUGCACCAUCCUUUGAGGUGGCACUGAAUGACCAGGCAGUGCUGGAAGGACAGAAUGUGGUCCUACGCAUUCGGGUGCAAGGAGAACCAAAACCAAUUGUGCACUGGCUGAAGAACAGACACCCAGUCAAAUAUGGGCGACGUAUUUCUGCUGUGGAAGAGGAGGAUGGCUCUUUUUGCCUACAUAUUCACAUGGUGGAGUGCACAGAUGCUGGCUAUUAUGCCUGCAAGGCCAUCAAUGAGUAUGGCACCAAGCAGUGUGAAGCCAAGCUCGAUAUACAAGUGCACCCUGAGACCCAGUCCCUGGCAGUACUGGCCCCGCUGCAGGACGUGGUGGUGGGGGCUGGGGAUGCGGCUAUCUUCGAGUGCCUGGUGACUGGCCCACCUGAUGUGGAUGUGGACUGGCUGUGGCGGGGGCGCCUGCUUCAGCCUGCCCUGCUCCAGUGCAAGAUGCAUUUCGAUGGACGCAAGUGCAAGCUUCUGCUUACCUCUGUGCAUGAGGAUGACAGUGGCAUCUACACAUGCAAGCUAAGCACAGCCAAAGAUGAGCUGACAUGCAGUGCCAAGUUGACAGUCUGGCCAUCACACCAGCCACUCUUCACCCGCAAACUGGAGUCUGUGGCUGUGGUAGAAGGACGUGCAGCGCGGUUUGACUGCAAGAUCAGUGGGGACCCCUCACCAACCACAACCUGGACACGUUUUGGUCAGCCUGUGCAAGAAGGCGAAACAGCACGUGUCUACCAGGAUGGGGGACUGCACUCUCUGGUCCUCCUGCACGUGAGCUCAGAGGAUGAGGGGCAGUAUGGUGUGACUGCCAACAACAAGCAUGGCCAAGCUGAAUGCACUGCAGAACUGUAUGUGGAGGAGCCACGUCCGGCAGCCAGCUCUCAGAUCUCCAAGCUGGAAAAGAUGCCAUCCAUCCCUGAGGAGCCAGAGCAAGGGGAGAGUGAAGUAGAACGGUUCACCAUGCCAGACUUCUUGCGGCCACUCCAUGACCUGGAUGUGUUGGAAUCCAAGGAGGCUGUGCUAGAGUGCCAAGUAGCUGGGCUGCCCUACCCCACCAUCACCUGGUUCCAUAAUGGCCGGCGCAUUGAGAGCACUGAUGAGCGCAGGAUGAUGCAGUACAAAGAUGUGCACCGCUUGGUCUUCCCCUCUGUCAGUCAUGCCCAUGCCGGGGUCUAUAAAAGCGUCAUUGCCAACAAAGUGGGCAAGGCCACCUGCUAUGCACACCUCUACGUCACAGAUGUGGUGCCCACACCCCCUGAUGGACCACCUUCCAUAGUUGCUGUCACUGGCCGAGCUGUCACAUUGAAAUGGAACAAGCCCAAGUGGCUUGAUUCAGCCAUUGGUCCUUACUUGGAGGAGGCUCCCAUGAUCCUGGACAAACCAGAUGUGGUACAUGCAGUGGAGGGUCAGCCAGCCUCCAUCACAGUAACCCUCAAUCAUGUAGAGGUUGCUGUCACCUGGCGGAGGGCUGGUGUGGUGUUGAAAGAUGGUGAUCCCAGUUGGGAAAUGAGCAUGCCUGAUGAUGACCAGCACUCUUUACGAUUUGCCCGGGUGGGUAAGGGGGAUGUGGGGGAAAUGACCUGCGAGGUGAGCAACCAGCAUGGAUAUGACCACUGCUUCAUCAGUUUGGAACUGGCAGAGGCACCUCGCUUUGAAUCGAUCAUGGAAGACAUUGAAGUUGGGGUGGGUGAGACCCCCCAGUUUGCUGUGGUGGUUGAGGGCAAACCCCUUCCAGACAUCAUGUGGUACAAGGAUGAGGUGCUCCUGACUGAAAGCAACCACCUGAGUUUCGUAUAUGAGGAGAGUGAAUGCUCACUAGUGAUACUGAACACCACAGAACAAGACAGUGGGGUCUAUACAUGUGUUGCACGCAACCUGGCUGGGGAAGUGUCUUGCAAGGCUGAGCUUGUGGUUCGUGCAGCUGUGCCAGAUGCUGAUGCUGCACGGGCAGAAGAAGAGUCCCACAUAGUCCGCCGCCUGGCUGAAUAUUAUGAUGUCCAUGAGGAGAUCAACAGGGGAGCCUUCUCAUAUGUGCGGCGAGUGACCCAGAAGAGCUCCGGUUUGGCCUUUGCUGCCAAGUUCAUCCCAUGCCAUGCCAAAGCCAAGAAAUCAGCACGCCGUGAGCUUGGCAUCCUAGCUCAGCUGGACCACGAACGCAUCGUCUACUUCCAUGAUGCCUUUGAGAAGAGAAAUGCCCUUAUCAUUAUCAUGGAGCUCUGCACUGGAGAUGAACUGCUGGAACGUAUAGCAAGGAAGUCUUCAGUGAGUGAAUCAGAAAUACGCUCCUACAUGCGGCAGGUCCUAGAAGGAAUCAGCUACCUUCACCAUCAUGGCAUCUUGCAUCUUGACAUUAAGCCAGAAAACCUUUUGUUGGCCGAACCAGGCAGUGAUCAAGUGCGAAUAUGUGACUUUGGUAAUGCCCAGGAGCUGACUCCAGAUGAGACCCAGUACUGCAAAUAUGGCACCCCUGAAUUUGUAGGCCCAGAGAUCGUCAGCCAGAGUCCUGUCUCCAGUGUCACUGAUGUCUGGCCAGUGGGAGUCAUCACAUAUCUAUGUCUCACAGGGAUUUCCCCAUUUGUGGGUGAGAAUGAUAAGACAACACUCAUGAACAUCCGCAACUACAAUGUGGCUUUUGAGGAAAAUAUGUUCACAGGAUUGACAAGGGAGGCAAAAGGCUUUGUCAUCAAAGUGUUAGUUAAUGAUCGCCUGAGGCCCAAUGCAGAGCAGACCUUGGAGCAUCCCUGGUUCAAGACCCUGGCCAAGGGCAAGAGCAUCAGUAUGGAUCAUCUCAAGCUCUUCAUAUCUCGUAGGAGGUGGCAGCGCUCCCAGAUUAGCUACAAGUGCAACAUGGUGCUGCGCCCAAUUCCUGAGCUUCUAGAGGACACAUCCAGCCACUUGUCUAUAGCUGUGCCACGUCUCCUCAAGGAGACAUCAGUGCUGUCCUCCUCUUCAGAUUCUGAUGACCCAGAAGAGUUGCCCUAUAUUCCUAUGCCCCAUCAGCCUGAAUUUUCUGGUUCCCGCAUGUCCCUCACUGAGAUACCAACAGACGAUGAGCCUGUUGGCCCAGAUGGAGCACCAAUAGAUGAGGAGAGCAUGUCCAUGGAGUGGCAGGAGGAGGGGCAAGGGGCCGCAGUGGAUCUCAAGAAGAAGGAAGAAGGGGAACCUGCUGUCAGGAGACAGAAGGGCACGUUGCCACGGAAGCACUCCACAGAAGUUGAGGGACCUGGCUCGUCGGAUGAGGAGGCUCGUCGUGAGGCCCAGAAAAGACCGGAGAAAAGGAGGGUCCUGAAGAAAGGUUCUAGCCUGGACUCCCCAGAUGCUUCUGAGAGAGCCUCGCGCAAGGGGCAGUUGCGUCGUGGGAGUUCAGCAGAUAGUGCCCUCUUGCUGAACCUUCCCUCAGAUGAGACUGAACCUCCCUCUCAUAAAAGUCUGACCAAGGCAGCCUCCAUGGAGUUGCCCCAUCGUAGCCCCAGCCCAGGUACACUGUACCGCCGGAAAGGAGGGUUGCCAGAGGAAGAAUACACCCAGCGUCUGGAACUCAUGCGCCAGCGCUUGCUGCGAGGCAGCCCCGUGGAUGGCAAAUUGAGUGGCCUGCGGGGGCCCUUACUGGAGACGCUUGGUCUUGAGAAGAAGGUUUUGAGGCCUCCAAGAUUGGAGAAGCAGCUGUCCCCAGGACACAAGAUGGUGCGAGCAGCUUCCAGUGAGACAGCUCCCCAGCACCUGCCCCCUGAGGGGCGCCUCCUUCAGAAAAGCAGCUCCUUCAGCCAGGGUGAUGGGGAGCCUGUCAUCUUGCAUCGCCGCUCUGGAGAACCAUUAGAAAUCCCCCUGGCACAAGCUGAGGCCCAGAAAUUAAGGGAGACACCUUCCCUCUCAGCUUUGAAUGAGUCAAGGCCUCAAACACCUCACACCCCACAGGAGGUCCCCUCCAAGCCACUCACCCCUGACCUAGAGGCAGGAGCAAAGCCCAUCACCAGACAUAGUAUGAGGAAACUAGGCCCAAGGGGAGCUGAGGAAAAACUGCCAGCCAGAUUAGCCAAACCUGACACUCCACCAGCUGCAAAAUCCAUAGGCUCCCCAAAGGGGUCAACACAACCGAUACCUAUUUCACCUACUCCCAGUAGCUCAGCACCUAAGCGUUCUGCCUAUGCUGAGGUCAUGCAGUCCCUGACUGGUGAGUCAGCCCAGUUCCCUCAGAGAGAUACAACAGAGCCUUCCAUCACUGCCUCAGAAAGUGUGCCUCAGAUCUCAGCAGCAGAAAUGCAACCACAAACUGCAGGUUAUGCCAAGAUGGUAGCACAGAAACCUGGCAAAGAAACCUCCACCCCAGGUCAGUCUUCCAGUACUGAGCAUAUUGAGGACAUUGACUCUGAAGAGGUGUUUGAGGCUAAGUUCAAAAGAGGGCGGGAAGGCUCUCUCAGCAGGGGCCGCAAGCUGCUCUCCAGGUCUGAGGAGAGGCAUCUGGCUGGACCUCUGGUGCAGGAGGAUGCCAUAUAUCGGCCAAGUCCAGCAGGUGCUCCACUAGAGCUGUCCAAGGCUGGGGUCUCUCGUCGGGCACAUUCAGUACAAAACCUGCAUGAGGUAGAGAAGGAAGGUGGUUUCAUUCGUAGGAUGUCGAUGCGACUCCGGCGAACACCUCCCACUGAGAGGAGAAAGGCCAAGGAAGAGGAAUCAGGAGGUGCUGCCCAGGGCCGGCGACUCUCCUGGGCCUUGGCUUCCAAGGACAAGAAGGACUCAGGCAGCCAGCAGUCAGAGCCUGGCUCCAGUGAGUCACCGGUCAUGGCUGUACGCAGGAAGAUUGGCACCACCAUGGGGCGCCUCUCCACCCACCUACGCAGCCACUCGCAGCAACAUGCUGAUGAAGACCAUGCAGCCACUGCUAGUGACCACAUCAGACAGCCUGAGAAGAGAACUCCUUUCCUUUCUCAGCUGCGCCGUGCAACAUCUGAGGGUGAAAACCUGCGCCAGAUGGGCAUCCCACAGAACCAGCUGGCAGCCCAGUCUGCUAAUGUCCCCUCCACAGAAUCCUUCCAGUCUGAGACAUCCACAGGCAAUGUUUCUGGUGAUGUUCACCGACGCAGUUCUCGCUGGGAGCGCUGGAGUUUAUCCCGAGCCAAGAAAGACAAGGUUGCAUCACAGCCCAACAUUCCUGCUAGCCUGAGAGGGGAAGGCGUCAUCAUUGUGAGUCAGCCCUAUGUCCUCAGUGAGUCAGACUUCCCUCCAGUUUUCCACAUAAAAUUGAAGGACCAGGUAUUGCUGGAGGGAGAAGCAGUGCAACUGUGCUGCCUUCCUGCAGCCAGCCCUGCUCCUCAUAUUCUAUGGAUGAAAGAUAAGCAUGCCCUGGUAUCAGAAGGACUUCUUAACAUUGUGGCAUGCAAGGAUGGCCGCCAGCUGCUUACCAUCUCCAAGGUUGCCAAGAAAGAUGCAGGCUUAUACGAAUGCAAUGCCACUAAUGCCCUGGGCACUGCCACCAGUUCCUGCACCAUUGCUGUGGCACGACUUCCUGGGAGACCAGGCACCCCAGAAAUCCCUCAGAAGUACAGGAACACUGUUCUGGUCCUCUGGAGGCCAGCAGAUAGCCAGGCACCUUGCACAUAUACGUUAGAACGCAAGAUAGAUGGAGAACAUGAGUGGAAAGUAGUCAGCUCUGGCAUUGCUGACUGUUAUUUCAAUGCAACAGAUCUACCAGUGGGGAGCACCGCCAAGUUCCGUGUUGCCUGUGCCAACAAGGCUGGACAAGGUCCCUACAGUAAUCCCUCAGGGAAGGUGUUAAUUGAGAGCACAGAACCCAAAGCUGCCCAUAUGGCUGUCACUGCCAAAAAGAGUAUGACUGCCUCAGAGAAAGCCACUUCCACCAAAUCUUCACAGACCAUUUUGAACCAGUCCUCCCAGCCAUGGUUGAAAAGUACCGAUCCUCUGACAUCCACCUCUCUCAGGAAACAGAAGGGGGCAGUGGUACCAGUGGGAAUGCAGGUGCCUGCUGCCCCACCAGUUACUCAGGACAAUGAAGAGACUUCUGUGGUUGUAGAGAAAGCAAAGCUCCCAAUUGCAGCCCUGCUUCCAUCCAACAAAGAUACCCUGUCUUCUGAGAGCUCAGCUAUUGAACUGUCAGCUUCUCCUGAGCCAACAUCAAAGCCUUCCAGGACAGCAUCUUCCCUCAGUACCCACAGUGAGACAUCCUUCUCCACCACGGUCUCACCUGCUCCAGCAUCUUCUGCCAGCUCUUCCAAGUUCUCACCUAUCUCUCCUGCAUCGCCAACCACAAUGGCAGACUCACCAGCAACUGUCUCCCCCAAAGCUGUCCCAUAUGUGGUCACUUCUUUUGUUUCCAUCCCACCAAGAGUGCCCACCACCCCAGAUGGUGGACCUAGCCCUUCACUUACCCCAAGGACAGAAGAAGGGCCUUCUCACACACGCUUCCUGAGCCGGAGUACUACCCCUGGCAGGGACACUGGCAGUGGUGCUCAGGGCAGACUCUCUGCAGCUGCAAAGGAUGACUCCUCCCUGCACCAAGGUGUUCCUCAAAAACCUUACACAUUCUUGGAUGAGAGAGCAAGGGGCCGAUUUGGAGUGGUCCGAGAAUGUAAGGAAAAUGCCACAGGCAAACGUUUUAUAGCCAAGAUUGUGCCAUAUGAGGCAGAAGGCAAGCAGAGUGUCUUGCAGGAAUAUGAGAUCCUGAAGAGCCUGCACCAUGAGCACCUUAUGGCACUGCAUGAGGCCUACAUUACGCCUCGGUAUCUGGUGCUCAUAGCUGAAAACUGCACUGGGAAGGAGAUUCUCUACCACUUGGUUGACAGGUUCCGAUACUCAGAGGAUGAUGUGGUGGGAUAUGUAAUACAGAUCUUACAGGGUCUGGAGUAUUUACAUGGACGGCGCAUUAUCCACCUUGACUUGAAGCCUGAUAACAUCAUUGUCUCCUCCACAAAUUCCAUAAAAAUAAUUGACUUUGGCAGUGCCCAGACUUAUAAUCCAUUGGUGUUGCGUCAGCUAGGGUGCCGUGUUGGUACGCUGGAAUACAUGGCUCCUGAAAUGGUGAAGGGGGAUCCCAUUGGCUCAGCAGCUGACAUCUGGGGCAUGGGAGUGCUUACAUACAUCAUGCUCAGCGGUCGCUCACCUUUUCUUGAAGCGGAUCCCUUAGAGGCUGAGAGCCGAAUUCUGGCAGCCCGUUAUGAUGCCUUCAAGCUGUACCCCAAUGUCUCCCAGAGUGCUGCACUCUUCAUCCGCAAAGUCCUUUGUGCUCAUCCAUGGAGCCGCCCCACUCUCAAGGACUGCUUUGCCAACCCUUGGCUCCAGGAUGCCUAUCUGAUGAAGCUGCGGCGCCAGACCCUCACUUUCACCACCAGUCGCCUGAAAGAGUUUUUGGUGGAGCACCAGCGUCGGCGCAGCGAGGUGGCCACCAAGCAUAAGGUCUUACUGCGCUCCUACCAUGGCGUCAGCAGCCACAUGCCCUAGCCGCCUGCCCUGCCGGAGGAGCCACAGAACAUUCCAGCAGGGGGCGUGAUGGGCCAAUCACCCGUCCACCCAGCCAGGGUGAGACUGGUCGAUAUACCUCAUGGAGCAGGGAAAGUCGUCAGCACUGGCCGCUGUUCUUCACUUUGCCCAGCCAGCUCCUGGCUUAGAGGGGAGUGAAACAGUGUCUGAUGACAGAAAAGGGCAGAUGAGAUUUACUAACUGGGGGGUGGGUGGGUUCAGCAAAGGGUGACUUGCUCUGGGAAAUACAAGAGGCCUUGAAGCAGUGCCAGGGUGGAGGCCAAUGCCUUGGUGUUUCCUCCUCAAAAUAACUCCUCCCUCAGGGCUUCCACAGGCCCCCUCUGUAUUGUGCCUAAAAUUGCUGCCACUCUACUCUGUGUAGGUCUGGUGCAACCAAUCAUUUUUUUUUUAAACUAAGAGCAGAUCCUAAACUUGGGGCCUGCAGCCAGGUGUGGGGCAUGAGACAUCUUUCCCUUUUUUAAACCCAUCAACCUGAGCUGGGACAAGAAAAAGAGGGAUCAACCUUGGAACCUUGCAGAGUGGAGGCCUAGCAGCAACUGAUAGUCCACCACUGGGAUGGGAUGGUUCUUCACUGCAAUGGGUGUUUCUGUUCCUCAAGGCAGAGCCUGAGGGUAGGGUGGGGGUAUUCAUUAAGGACAGAAUAAGCUCACACCUAGGAAAGCAGGCAAGAACAAGGAAUGGCAAGGUUAGGGAGAAGUAAAGGAGUGCUAGCCAUGUUCCUGGGUUUCCUGCACAUUUGUUACUACUAUUUAUAAGUCAAGAAGAAGUCAACAGUGUAAGACCAGCAAUCCCUUCCUGUUUGCAUGGCCAUUGUCCCAGCAUGCCUAGCACUUUCCUGCUGACUUCCCUGCAUUUUUUCACAUGCUUUCCUAACACAGAUGCACAUACUAGGGCCUGUUUUGUGCAGAAGACACACACCUUUUCCUCCCAUCACACCUUCCUGAAUUGUGUAUGUACUUCAAACACACCCUCCCCAGCCUCAUAAUAUUUACAUAGAGGAACCUUCCCAAUUCCAUCCUGGAACCUGCACACCAUUCAAAAUGAAUCCCAUACAAAGAGGUUCAGAGCCUCUAGAGAUAUGCAUCUUCUCCUUCUGCAGUUAGGCACCAGAGUUUGGAAAUAUGACUUUUCUGACUACUACUCCCAGAAUCCUUUCCAGUCUGACCAAUGGCCAUGUGGCUUGAGAAGAAUUCUGGUAUUUGUGGUUCAAAAUGUAGCCUUUUUCCUGACCUGUUAAGCAUGCACUUGACCUUCUUAGCACAUAUAUUAUGCCUCUGGUGGUGGGUCAGUUUUAUAUAUAUAUAGAAAAACUGAGCGAGUCCUGUAUCUAUCUUACCUCUUCCACCACUUAUCCUUGGGCUGCCUAUGGGAGUUAGUUGUACCUAUGCUUUGGCAGAAGUGCGCUAAGGAAACCACUUCAAAAGCCAUGGGAAUUAGGACCCAGGCUGAAGACUUUCUGUUUUGUUACCCAACCUGGUCUUGAGUAGUAUCCAUCCAUGAUGAGAAUUAGUCUAUAUAUUCUUACAGCUUCAGACACUCCGGAGCAUGUGGGGCACCUAGGAAAUAGAAACUUGGAUUGGUAAGGCAGAGGAAUGGUAGAGACUUCUAUCGGUUGAGCAGAGAGACCCAAGGGUACAGCCAGGACCCAAGACCUACAGCAUGAAUACAAUUAAUCUGCCCUAUCUUGGUUGUGGGAAUUAAUGACUGUAGUUCCCCAUCUCUAUCCCUUGUUUCUCCUUCACCCCAACCCCCUUUGUCCAAUAUUUUUGGAUUAUGGGGAUGCUAGUUUCCCUCUGGCAAGAACAAGCAAAGCAACUGGGGCUGCUUUCAGAUAGGCCUUUUCUCUAAUAAAUUAUUGCUGUUCUACAGUGAGAUGCAAGUUGAACUGUAGUUGACUUGCCACACUAUGAAGGUUGUUGCACAUUUUCUAUAUAACGUGCUACAUUCUUUCCAAACCAAUGGGUGUGACUUAGCUGUGUGGUGAAAUAAAAGGUUCAGUUUACCUAAACAGCCACUUGGGUAUGAACAACGAAAUCCACUUCCUGGAAUUCUUAACUAAAAUAGAAAUCAAUUAUUUAUUUAGUGCUAAGCACUUAUUAAUGUAGACAUAUGAUUAGUAUCCCUGAAAUAUCAACAAACCUAAAUUGUUUAGCUUUUUUUUUUUUUUGACUGGAAGUAAACAUUGGAACUGUUUCAUUAUGGAGGAAAGGUACACAUUGGUAAAAUGAAAUUGAUUGAAAAUGGUUUUCUCAUUUAAUUUCAAAUUUAGUAUUGUAGCACUAUAGCAUUCUUUCUUUUUAAGUAAACAGUAUGUGGCUAAUAUUUUGUGAGGAAACGUGACUCAGAAGCAUAGACUGGAAGUCUUAAAUUAACCAAAAAAAAAAUAGGUUGCGGCCAGAAAGGGUUUUACCACUAGAGUACUUUCUUUUGGACAGUAUUAUGUUAAAAUUUUAAAUAUAUACAAAGAGAAAAACAUUUUGAGCUCUACGCAAGAGACUGAUUUUUUAAAAAAAUAUUUUAAUGGGGUUAUAAAAUGGUGCACACCACUAAGGACAUAAUGAAUAUGUGCUGAACUGUGACCGUUUCAUUUUCCUUAUAGGCAAAGUUUUGGAAAAUUACAUGUUUGGACUAUAGCUUUCAGUCAGGGGACAUAUUGGCUCGGGAUUCUGGGAGUUGGAGUCCAUAAACCUAACUUUUCUAAGCUCAGCUGUUGUAUCACUGCCCAUAUGAGACCUCUGCCUUGUAUAACUGAUGAGGGUCAUCUACAUUCUUUUCGUUUCAACAUUCUUUAAGAAAAAAAAGUUGGUUUUUUAAAAGCUGGCGGCAGCACUGGGAAGACAUUGGGAAAUGGAUGAUGGCAUCAUGUAAUCCUCUCCCCUCUCUACCACUGUGAAUGAGAAUGGAAAUUCCACACCAAACCCCUUGUGUGGAAGCAGCCCGAGUCAAAAUAAAUGCAGUGGAUAAUC